AUGGACUCUGUAGGACGAUUUGAACUUCCUACCCUCGAUCUGUCUCGCUUUCUCCAAGACACUACGAGACAGGAAUUUGCAGAUCAGUUCCGUGAUUCACUGGUACAGCAUGGAUUCGUCAAGAUUAUCAAUCACGGCAUCGACGAGUCUUCAGUAAACCAGCUAUUUAGCAAAUCCCGCGAUUUUUUCAAAUUACCUGUAGACCUUAAAAAGCAAAUUGCGCAUACUCCCGGACCGAGGCCUCAGCGAGGCUGGAGUCAUGUUGGUCUAGAGCGUACAGCCAAGAUCUUUGAUGCUUUUCGUGGAAAGGACGGAGAGGCAGGUGAUACAAGUAGGACAGGCUCAAAGGAACAUCUCGACAUAGGUUCACCAAAAGACUCACUCCAUCCAAGCAAAUGGCUGAGCGAGUCGGACAUACCUGGGUUCAAAGCCUUCCUGGAGGAUUCUUUUACGACAUGCCACGAGGUAGCCAUGCUGCUAUUAAACGCACUUGAGGUAUCAUUCAGCCUGCCAGCGGGAUCUUUCACGAACAGGUGUAGAGAGAAAGCUGGAGAGUUGCGUCUCAACUACUACCCAAAUCUUGUUCAGACAGAUUCAUCUCCUAUUAACAGAGCAUGGGCCCACACAGACUUGGAAGUCAUAACCUGCUUAUUUCAGGACAGCAUAGGUGGAUUAGAGAUUGAGGACAGAGCUCAACCAGGCCAAUUCCACCGGGUUUCGCCCGGGCGCCGCAGCGAGCUCAUUGUCAACAGCAGUGAGACUUUGGAGCGAUGGACAAAUGGAGAGAUUGCCGCCGGAGUACACCGCGUUGUUACACCAACACCAAAUAUCACCGACAAUGUAACUCUUUCGGACCGAGUGGUACUUGGGAGAUACUCAAUUCCGUUUUUCGUGAAGGCUGAUAAUCAGGCGUCUGUGGGGCCUCUACCACAGUUCCUCGCCGGCUCCGAUGUCACGAGAUUUGAAGAAAUGUCCGCAAUUGAAUACUACCAGGCUCGAAAUAGGAAGGCAUACCUCUAG